UAUUAUUUUAUUAGAUAUGAAAAUGAUAACUGACACACAAAAAUAAGUAUGACACUUUUAAAUGGUUUAUAAAGUGUUUGCAACCUUAUUAUUAACCAUUAAUAAACUAAGGCUAUAAAAGAGCCUUAUUUUAAAGUGGUACCCUUUUUUUCUGUGUAUAUGUUCACAGUCCACUUUACUGGAAAUACCUACACAGCUUGUAAUUUGUACUCGAGUGCCACUUCAUGAGAUCCACCCACCUUGUAAAAAGCUUUAAGGUGUAAAGAGAGCAUAAAUUAACAAUAAAAAAUAAGUUGUAGGUUUUUUUUUGAUCCCCAAUAAAGCUGUUUACUAUAAACGGAUUUCUAUAUUUGUCUCUAGGUACAAAAACUGGCCCCUCUCACUCAUUUGGACUAAAACAGGCAGCUUUUUAAUGCUGCUGUUCUGCCAGAAAAGAUCAGGUCAUUUCAGGAUGUUAAGUGCUGUAAACGUAAAUAAAAGACCUCAGUAAUUCAUUUCUUAUGAGUCACGGCUGUGUGUUUGCUGAAGGUCAGAGAAAGCGUUGAUGCAGGAUUAGAUUCACAUCCUGUUUUCAGUGACUGUGCACCAAUAAAAUCUGCAUUUCCACCAGAGAUUCAUUUCUAACCAGCUGUGACCACAGCCCAAAACAUGGUUUGAGUGCACUUAAGAACUUUAGAACGUUUGGUCAUCAUUAAUUAUGCAGGCUGUGUCUCCCAGUACUCGAACAUGAGCAUGUUGUCAGUUUAGGAAGUUGCCUUUCCCAGUGUUGUGCCAAAUUCUGCCUCGCUGCUGGAAUCUGUCUCCCUGUGAGUGCAUGCACAAGAACUGAGUACAUGCAACAGAAUGCCCUCAGAUUGGGAUAAUCUAAAGUUACAGUAGAUACAGUAAUCACUGCCGACUCAGAUUUGGCAUUACACUGCUUCUUUUACUUCUUCUAUUGGGUGACACGGUGACUUAAAAAAUAAGCCUGGAUUCAUCAGUCCAGUCCCACCAGCUUAAUAUUAUAGUCAAUACUGUAUCUUUGAUUGAACAGUAUUUGUGUUUCUCUGACUACUUUUCUUCUUGUCUUUCCAGAGAUUCCUUGCUGGUCCUCAGGAUGUCUCAAAUAAAAGUGCUGUGCUCGAGGUAACCCUAAGAGAAGUGGUGCUUCCCCCUGUGGUUCGACAUGGUCCAGUGGACCUCUCCUCUAGUAACAUGCAUUUGGAUCCAGGCUAUAGCGACGGUCGCUUCAGACACUUGUCCUUCCACCACUCUUGCUGCGGUUAACUUCUCCGUCCCUUACCCCCUGCCAAUCCUUUUGACCAGGAAUCCCAUCCAGAACAUCGUAAUCAACCCUGUGUACCAUGAAAUCUAUGUCGCGUCUCAGAACCUCAUUGAGGCGGUGAACUUCACUCUGGGUAAAGUGUGGGAGUUGCACACUGGACCUGUAGGGAGUCCUGAGUGCAAGGUGUGCAAUCUCUGCGACAUCGAGGAAGAUCCGUUUCCCGAAGACACGGACAGCGAAGUGUUGCUGUUAGACACAUACCUCAUGUACCUUUACUCCUGUGGAAGCUCUCAGUAUGGCGUGUGCUACUUUCACCAACUCCACGAGAAUGGUCAACCCCCCAGACCCUCCAAAUGCCUGUUCCGGAAGAAGUUCAAUUCCCCGGCCUUCUGUCCGGACUGCAUCGCGAGUCCUUUGGGCACCAAGGUCAGCAUGGUGGAGGAAGGCCACCACGUGUACUUUUACGUCGCUGCCACAGUCAACGACAGCGUGACGCAGCGCUACAGCCGCAAGUCCGUGUCGGUUCGCCGGCCUUUGGCAACCGAGGACGGCUUCCACACAGACUUCCAGGGUCUAACUGUGCUGCCUAAGCUCAGACGGGUGUACAGAAUUGAUUACGUCUACACUUUCUUCACGGCCGACUUCGUCUACUUCCUGUCGGUCCAGAGAGAGAAGGCUGACCAGGAUUCGUCUCCAUACCAGACAAGGCUGGGCCGACUUCCUCGACACGAGUGGGAAACUCGGAGGUACAGAGAAGUUGUGCUGGAGUGCCGUUUCGAGCCCAAGCGGAGACGGAGGAGAAACACCAGUGAAGCCUUUAAGGACAUCGUCUACAACGUGGUCCAGGCAGCUCAUUUCGGCAAAGCCGGCCGAGACCUGGCCGACGAACUGGGGGCUGAGGAAGAAGACGACAUCCUGUACGGCGUUUUUGCCGUGACGGACGAUUCGGGGGUUCCGGAGCACGACUCUGCCCUCUGUGCCUUUCCCAUGGACUCUGUGAACUCCUUCAUAGACGAAGGUGUGGAUGAUUGCUGCAUGUCUGGACCAGAGCAGCUCUCCAGAGGCCUGUGCCACUUCCAGCCGUGCGAAAGCUGCCCACAUGAGAGCAUGGAGCACAAUGCCAGCUGCAGAGACCAGCCCACACUGGUGGCCCAGCCGUACUACAGAGUAGAUCUCUUCAACAGGCAGAUGAGGGACACGCUGCUGACCUCCCUGCUGGUCACCAGGCUGGAGAACAAGACACUGGCUCAUAUAGGCACUGCGGAGGGGAGACUGCUACAGCUCGUCCUGCGGAGGUCCAGUCCUGUCAUCUUUGCUAACUACUCUCUAGUGGAGAACCAGAGGGUUUCUGCCACUGCUGCCGUACUCCCCCCAGACCACCUCCUCUUUGUUGUGGGGGACAAGAUGAUUAAGGUUCCUCAGAGAGGUCCCGGGUGCCGGCACUUCCUCACGUGUGCCGCGUGUUUGACGGCGCCAGCGUUCAUGUCCUGUGGCUGGUGCUCUGGAUACUGCAGCUGGGAGUCGGAGUGUCCUGCAGACUGGGCCAAAGAAUCCUGUCCACCCGUCAUCACACAGUUCUUCCCUGAAACAGCGCCCCUCGAUGGUCAGACAGAGCUGACUCUGUGCGGGUGGGAGUUCCAGUCCCCUUCGAGACCGGCCAUCAGCACCCGAACCCACGAGGUGAAGCUCGGAGAGACGGCAUGCGUGGUCCAGCCACUCAAGAGCAACAGCACCCUGCUGAUGUGUAAGAUCCGCUCUCUAGUGACGGAACCCCUGUUUCAGCCGGUAAACAUCACAGCAAAGGUUCACGAGGAUCGAGUGGAAGGUUCUUACUCUAUAGAAGGAAAAGCUGAGAUGCCUGGAUUCACCUUUGUGCUGCCAAACAUCAGUGAGGUUCAGCCGGAUUACGGGCCGGUGAACGGAGGAACGCUGAUUACCAUCACUGGACCCUACCUGCACUCAGGCAAGAACCGCAAGGUCACUCUGGAUGGCGAGAGCUGUCCUAUACAAAGUGUGUCUGUAAUAGAAGGGAACGUAUCGUCCAUCGUCUGUUUGUCUCAGCCGGUCACUGAGGUGAAGGACGUGGUGCUGCAGGUCUAUAUCGAUAAGUCCCGCGUCGUCACCACCAGAGUCUUCCGCUACAAGCAGACUCCUGAAAUCCUCUCUGUCCUGCCCGACUGCAGCUUCGACAUUGGGUCGAUUAUCACUAUUGAAGGGAAGAACCUGGACUCGGUCUUCAAAACCAUCAUUCAUUUCAAGCCUAAGGAGAGCCACCUGAAGCCUGUUUCCACUGAGUGCCUGGGAAAAGCCAAGCCGACCCGAAUGGAGUGUACGACUCCUGUCUUCCACAGAGACGAGACGGAGGAGGGAGAGCUGUCCUUCGAUAUGGAUGGAGCUCUGGGUCUCUGGAAGCAGGACUUUUCCUACCAUCCCUAUGGCAGACCCAUCCCCUUCGAGACUGAGGGACACGUCCUUCAGCUCUACCCGGGUUUUGAUGAAGUGUCUUUACAUCACCAGAAGCUGAACCUGGUCAAUUCCUGCAUGAAGAUCACUAUGACAGUGGGAGGAGUGGACUGUGGUGCGAAGGUUCUGGAUAACGAGAUCACCUGCAGAAUACCCAAAAACCUCACCAUCCCUAACGAGGGCUUACCUGUGAAGAUUACAGUAAACGGCUACGUCCACAAUGUCGGCACUGUACGGCUGGUCAGUAAUCACUACAUGGUGGGCGUCGUGCUCGGCAUCCUGACAGCUCUAAUAGUGGGGGCGGUGCUGGCCUUCAUCACCAUGAAACACCUGAGGAAGAAGAAGACAGAUUCUCUGGCUGAGACCCGACUCUCUCACUACUCCCACAACCACAAUCUCACAGGCAACGGCAGCGUUGAACUCCUGCCUAUUGGAGACUACAGACGAGGAGAAAUUCCCCUCAGUACCACCCCUGUAACCCCAGGGGGAGUGGCCUUCCCCAGCCUGGUGUAUUCCAGCACUCUGGACCCCAGCCUGACCCCUCUAAUGCCCCCUGAGAAGAUCUCCCUCACCAGUUUCCGCCCAGAGCUCCUGGAGGAGGUGAAGGACGUCCUGAUCCCAGCAGCCAUGCUCAACAUCCAGCACCAUCAGAUCAUCGGAAAAGGUCACUUCGGCACAGUUUAUCACGGUUAUCUCACCGACCACAACAACAGAGAGAUCCACUGCGCUGUCAAGUCCCUCAACAGAAUAACAGAUGUGGAGGAGGUGGAGCAGUUUCUGAAGGAGGGGAUUUUAAUGAAGGGUUUUCACCACAGUAAUGUUCUGUCUUUACUGGGGGUCCUGCUCCCGGAGGAAGGGCUUCCCCUGGUGGUUCUUCCCUACAUGAAGCACGGGGACCUGCGGCACUUCAUACGCUGUGAGAACAGGAACCCCACAGUUAAGGACCUGAUUGGCUUCGGGCUCCAGGUUGCUAAGGGGAUGGAGUAUUUGGCAAUGAAGAAGUUUGUCCACCGGGAUUUAGCUGCUCGUAACUGCAUGCUGGACGAGUCGUACACGGUGAAGGUGGCGGAUUUCGGCAUGGCUCGAGACGUGUUUGAUAAAGAGUAUUACAGCAUUCAGGACCACAGGAAGGCCAAGCUGCCGGUUAAGUGGAUGGCCAUAGAGAGCUUACAGACGCAGAAAUUCACAUCCAAAUCUGACGUGUGGUCUUUCGGUGUUCUGAUGUGGGAGUUGUUGACCCGUGGGGCGAGUCCGUACCCUGAGGUGGAUCCGUAUGACAUCACUCAUUACCUGCUACGAGGACGGAGGUUACCUCAGCCCCAGUACUGUCCAGAUCCAUUGUUUGCUGUGAUGCUGCAGUGUUGGGACCCUGAUCCAGAGAGACGGCCCUCCUUCACCACACUGGUCUCUGAGGUGAUGGCCAUUCUGUCCAGUCUGGAGGGAGAACACUACAUCAGCCUAAAGGUCACGUACGUUAACCUGGACCAUCCUCGCCCCUACCCCGCCCUCACCGACUCCGCAGAUGAGUACGAGUCCUCAGACGCAGAGGAGGCGGGGUCAGACUGAGGUCAGACAGGGGUCAGACUGAGGUGAACCCAGGACUGGACUGAGUAUUUAUUUAUUGAGUAGUGGUGGUGCUGUAAUGUAGAACCUAAUGAAUGUGUUUUUAAAGAGGACAGCUUCUUGUAGCACAGAGGAAAUAAGAAGAACUGGAGGAGUGAUAUAAGAGGAAGACUGUGACACUACUAGAGAACAACACGCCAUCACAUCUCUCCAUCACAUCUGAUUCGACACAAGAUCAGGACCAGGACCUUCCUCAGUGUUGGAGUGUGUUGGGGGUGCUGAAGGGAAACUGUGGUUUGGCAGUUAGAAUUAACAGAAACUAUUACUGACUAAGAUUGGAAUACAUUUAUUUUUUUCUUAUCCGGAAUGUAGAAAACUAAUCUGCACUGUUAAAUAAUAAAAUUAGAAUCCUAUAUAUUUGAAAGAAAACAACCACUAAAGCUGUUCAAAAUAAGAACGAGCACUGUUAGCAAAAAAAAAGAAAUAAA